AUGUCGGAUCCCUCGUCGGCCCUCACGGGCGUCGUCAUCGGCCUCGUCUCCUCCUUUGGCUCCAUCCUCCUCAUCGGCCUCGUCGUCUUCGUAUUCUGGGCGUCCGGCUGCGCCGGCUCAGGCCGCAUCCUGCUCGACCGCCUCGGCCGUCCCGGCGAGUACGAUGACGAGCAGGCCUUUCUGCGCGAGGAGGAGGAGGCACUGGAGACGAUGGACGAGAUGGCUCGUACAGACUAUCUGAGAGCAAAAGCUUUCGUCACCGCCAACCCUCCCGAAUCCCUCCAGACCGACAUCUCCCUCUCACAAUACCUCGCCAUCCAGGAAAAGGGUGUCUCCGCCUGGGAAUUCGAGCCCGAGCUGGAAAUCGCAAAUUGCUUCGUCGAAGCCCGCACCGAAAUCGAGUUUUACGACUCCGAAUGUACUGUCAUGUGCAAUUUGCCUGUCCCGAAACAAAACGACGUCUACUAUUGGGAAGCCAAGAUUUACGAAAAGCCCGAAUCUACCCUUCUUGGCAUUGGCAUGGCCACCAAGCCCUACCCGCUCUUCCGUCUGCCAGGCUAUCAUAAAUACUCGGUUGCUUACCACUCCAACGGCUCGCGCCACUACAACCAGCCCUUCAGCCAAAUUCCCUACGGCCCCCGACUCGUCCAGGGCGAUGUUGUAGGCGUUGGAUACCGACCCCGGACAGGUGCCAUCUUCUUUACUCGCAACGGCAAGAAGCUCGAGGAGGUCGUGCACGGCCUCAAGUCGCAAAACUUCUUCCCUGCUGUCGGCGCCAACGGACCGGCCAUGGUCCAUGUCAACCUCGGCCAGUCUGGCUUCGUUUUCAUUGAGGCCAACGUCAAGAAAUGGGGUCUCGCCCCCGUCACCGGCAGCCUCGCCCCGCCACCCCCGUAUGGUUCCGAGCAGGGCAGCAUUCUUCUCGAGUCCGGCACCAAGGACGGUUAUGCUCCACCCCAGGGACGUCGCCACGGUAAUUCUUUCAGCGGUUCAGUUUACAAUGUCCGGGGGCCACAGCCACCCGCCCACGCGCAACACGGUCGAACACGCAGCGGCAACUUUCGGAUGCUUCCCACCAGUCCCGGCCCCGCGCGAAGCCCGACUGAUAUCUCCCUGGCGCAGCUUGUUCGCACUGAUGAGGGCGGCGAGACCAGCAGCUCUGCGCAACAGCACCGGCGGGAGGAAGAACAUCACAACGACAAUCCGCUUCACUUGCACCUCUUGGACGCCACAAACCCACCACCCGAUUACACGAGUCCCACCGGCUCCGAUGCAGAAGGAAGUAGUCGCCGACAAAGCACGGAUAGCGAUGAUACACCUCUGAUUCAAGUCAUGAACCGCAGCCGUGGCAACUCGGCUGCUGCACCCGGUACAUUCAUGAACGACCCCCCGGUGCCGAGCUAUAGUGAUGCGAUCGAGCAAGGAGCUGGCCAGCACCGACGCGGUAGCUCCGACUCUGAGCGUUCCGCAUCCGACUCAGCUGAUGAUGAAUCAGAGUCCAGCUCCGACGACUCCACCAAUACAGUGACACCUCUGACCCAUAACCCUGCAUCAGAAGCGUGA